GAUGUAUUCAAUUCUGACUAACUAAGAGGCUCCCAGCCGCAAGGGCAGAUUGGUGGUUCUACGUGUGGUCGCUUACUGUAGCCCCUGUAUAUUACAACAUCUUCCCACUCAUUGCUGAGUCGCGCUUCCGCUCAGCCAAUCAGGUGACUUGCGACGUCGAACGACAAAUGCGGGAAUCCCAAGAACGCAACUUCAUAACUUCACAACUCAUAUCAUUGUUCAUGGUCAUCUCCGGUACCCAAGAUUACCCGUGCUAAAGAAUGGCAACGAGGUUGGAGGCCAGUGCGGUGGCACCCGCGACUGCUGUUGCGGCUGCAAUCAAUGACGGCAAGACACAUCUUCUGCUGGCGGCAAGCGGUUCGGUAGCAACAGUGAAGUUGCCAUCCAUAAUCAAUGCGCUGAAAGACUACCCAAACCUGUCGAUCCGCGUCAUUCUUACCAAAGCCGCUGUUCACUUCCUCGGCGGCCAGUCCUCUGAGCAGCCCACAGUAGCUGCGCUAGCUGCGCUCCCAAAUGUUGAUGCCGUUCAUCAGGAUGAGGAUGAAUGGAUUGCACCGUGGACGAGAGGUGCCGAGAUAUUGCAUAUCGAGUUACGGCGCUGGGCACACCUUCUCGUCAUCGCCCCAAUGUCGGCGAAUCUACUUGCUAAGAUCACGGGGGGUCUUUGUGACGACCUCCUGACGAACACCAUCCGUGCGUGGGAUAUGGCAUCAUCGGAUCAGAAAGCUGCUUCCAUCCUUGUUGCGCCAGCAAUGAACGAUAGGAUGUUCACUCAUCCCUUGACAGUGACACAGCUUUCAAUCCUGGAAGGCUGGCCGUGGUUCGAGAUUCUGCCAGCGCAGGUGAAGUUGCUCGCCUGUGGCGAUCAGGGACAGGGUGGUAUGUGCGAUUGGAACGAGAUUGUUCGUGUGAUUGAGACACGACUGGCAGCGACUGACAUAAGUCAAGCAAAGGGGGAAACUUGA